AUGAAGUACGCCAUCGUCGCAGCUUUGAUUCUUCAAAGUACUACCGUUCUCGGUAGCCUUUUGCCUGUUUACUUCAAGGCCCCGUCACCAGCACACUUCCUUGACGUUGUCAACAAUGGAACCUACGAUCUUGGCUGCAGGCCCAAGGCGGUCCCAACCGAGCAGGGUCACUUUGAGCUCCACGCGUACCUGACCGAGGAGCAAAUCGCGCAUCUGACCAAGGAGUAUGAGAAUUCGUCGGAUAUCAGCCUGCAUCGCCGCGAUCUCAGCAAGCGACAGGGUGGUAAUGCACCCAUCGGCUCUGGUGACCGCUGGCAGGGAGGUGCUAUCGCACCAUCUGGUCUCGGCACUAAGGCUGCCGGCUCGACCAUUAGUAGCAUCAUGAACGUCAACGAGAUCAACUCGGCAAUCAAGGGUCUCGCCAGCGCAUACAGCAUGCCCACCAUCACUCUACCAUACAAGACAUUCAACGGUGCCACCCAGACCGCUGCAUACGUCGGUGCUGGUACAGACAAGUCCGCCUACCGCCUGUACCUUAGCGCUGGUAUGCACGCACGUGAACGUGGAGGUCCCGAUCAGCUCAUCUACUGGAUCUCCGACCUUCUCGCUGCCAACAAGGCUGGAACUGGGCUCAAGUACGGCAGCAAGUCCUACACCAACGCCCAGGUCAAGACCGUCCUCGCUGCCGGUAUCGUCUUCUUCCCCCUCGUCAACCCAGACGGUGUCGCAUACGACCAGUCCACUGGCUCCCUAUGGCGCAAGAACCGCAACACCCGUUCCGGUAGCAGCGGCUCCUCGGUUGGCGUGGACAUCAACCGCAACUUUGAUUUCCUCUGGAACUUCAGGAAGUACUUUGAUCCGUCCACCUCCCCUGCAUCCACUUCGCCCAGCUCGGAAGCAUUCUACGGCUCGGCUGCAGCAUCCGAGUCGGAGACAAAGAACCAUGUCAGCGUCUAUGACAGCUUCCCCAACAUCAGAUGGUUCAUGGACAUUCACUCGGCAACUGGCGAUAUCCUUUACAACUGGGGUGACGAUGAGACCCAGAGCACCUCCACUACCAUGAACUUCCUCAACACCGCAUAUGACGGAAAGAGGGGUCGUCUUGGUGACUCUACAUACAAGGAGUACAUGCCCUCGACCGACGUAACGAACAUCAAGAACAUCGCUGCCAAGACUGCUACUGCGAUGCGCGCAGUAGGCGGUCGUUCCUACAGCUCCAUGCAAUCCGUCGGUCUCUACGCCACCUCCGGCGCUUCCGACGACUACGCCGCCAGCCGAGUUUACGCAAAGUCAGGAGCCAAGAAGGUCAACGGAUUCACCAUGGAGUUCGGAUAUGCCACUAACUUCUACCCCACAUUAUCCGAGUUCAACAGUAAUAUCCUCGACACCAACGCUGGAUUCAUGGACUGGGCGCUCGCAGCCAUUGCCGCCGGAUACAACUAAAGCGAUUAUGAGAUGAUGAAUGAGACGAAAUGAGAGAUGUUGUAUAUAUUAGUACCUUUUCUAUCGAUCCUAUAGGGCGGCGUUAUCGAAGAGAUGAGAGGGGGAUAUAUCCUUUGCAUAGUGGGCAUAUUUCCGAGACAACAAAAUACCAUUUAUCCAUUAAUC